GAACUUCGGUUUGAGAAAGCCGAAGGUUUUUUCCCUAUGCCAAUGAAGCGAGCCAUUGAGCUACACGAUUUGAAAUCAGUUUGACUCGAACCUGCUCCGGAAGUAGAAGUCAGUCCCGCGAGUUGCCAUCAGAAAAAGGGAAAACCCUAAACUGAACACAAUAAAUAAAUCAUUAAUACAACAUAAUUACCAAAUAAAAGGAGUUAAUUACAAAGAAGGAAUUACUUUAAGUGCUCAUACUCUGAUAUAUAAAACAACAACUAUAGCAACAACAACAACAAUAACUGUGGCAAAACCAACAACCACAACAACAGCAGUUACAAUGGGCAAAUGCAAUUCGACGCGUGAAGUGAAUUAAGCGAUUUUUAAAGCUUUACGCUAAAUGAAAUUUGAAUUGCCAAAGUGUUCGCUUGUGUGUGCAAAUUAAAUUACUCAAAUCAAAUAAAUGUUUUAACGAAAACCGAAAUAAAAAUAAAUAUAGAGAAAAAAUCCAAUGAAAAUGUUGUACAAAAUUCAGCAACUACAGUGUAAAUAAUUCAACGAAUAAAUUUAGCAGCAAGCAUAGAUAAAAUUAAACAUAGAAUUAAACAAUAACGGAACAACAGCCAAAAUAAUAAAAUGUUUAUUUUAACGGUGAUUAAAUUGCUGCUGAUAGCAUUGAAUAUAUUUCCCAGUCGCUUCACAAACCGACGGAUUAUGUUUCUCAUCUACAUGACAAAUCUGGUGACGCACGUCAUGAUGGAUGAGCCACGUUUUGCCCAGCCGAUACCAAACGUCACCGUCGCCGUGGGUCGAGAUGCCAAUCUGCCCUGUGUUGUGGAGCACUUGGGCGGCUACAAGGUGGCUUGGAUUCAUAUUGACAGGCAAAUGAUACUGACAAUCCACCGGCAUGUGAUAUCCAGGAUACCCAGAUAUAGCAUCACCUACACGGACAACACGUGGCUGUUGCACGUGAAUCAGGCUCAUCAGGAUGAUCGCGGCUACUAUAUGUGCCAGGUCAACACGAAUCCAAUGAUUAGCCAAGUUGGCUAUCUACAGGUGGUAGUGCCUCCAAACAUUUUGGACAUUGAGAGUACGCCGUCGUCGGUGGCAGUGCGUGAAAAUCAAAACAUCAACAUGACAUGCCGGGCCGAUGGCUUCCCGGCCCCGAAAAUUAUUUGGCGGCGUGAGGAUGGCGAGGAAAUUGCUGUCGAGAAAAAGAAAAAAGUCCUUGUGUACGAUGGCGAUGUCCUGCCGCUGACUAAAGUGAGUCGCAAUGAAAUGGGGGCCUAUCUAUGCAUCGCCACCAAUGGAGUACCGCCCUCCGUAUCCAAGCGGAUUAUUCUCGACGUAGAGUUCUCGCCUAUGAUUUGGGUGCCGAAUCAACUUGUUGGCGCUCCAUCCGGCACAGAUGUAACCAUCGAUUGCCACACGGAGGCACAUCCCAAAGCCAUCAUCUAUUGGGUAUACAACUCGGUGAUGGUAUUGCCAAGCAAGAAAUAUAAAACCGACUACACGGAGAAUUCCUAUCGUGCCCACAUGAAGCUGACGAUAAGAAACCUACAAUAUGGUGACUUUGGCAACUAUCGAUGCAUCUCGAAGAACUCGCUGGGGGAAACGGAAGGCUCCAUACGUGUUUACGAAAUACCCUUGCCAUCCACGCCAUCCAAGCAGGUGACCCACACCACAGUCGAGUCCAGGGAGAACAAUAUCAUACCCUCGUCACGCAACGACACAACGAAAUCCCUGCAAACGGAUGUGGGCUAUGCCAUGAAGAACGAUUUAUAUCCUGGUUCGGCCUCCUCAUCAUCUUCGGGGGCCAGUUCCUCAUCGGUGGCCUCAUCCUCGACCUCGAUGCAGACCUCUGCAUUGCCAGGAGGAACGGCGGGCAAUAGUCUUUCGUCUGUGGGUUCCAAGGGAUCCCUGGCGAUAGGAAAGAGCACGUUCUACACCGAACGACCACCGAAUGAGUAUGCCUCGUCAGUGGCUGGCCUGCUACUCCACAGAGCACUGCUGUUUGGCUCGGGAAUCUAUCUGACUCUGCUUUGAAAUCAAUAAAUCGUUUGAGUUACACAAUAAGCAUUUGGAAAAUGCAGCCAAAGGGGGUCUAGAAAAACAGGGUGGGGCUUAGUUUAGGUACAUCAUCAUAUUUCAUAGCUGAAAGUAUAUCAAAAAAAAACCCAAUAAUAUGAAUUAACAAACAGAAAAUGCUUCAAACUUGGCUCACUUAAAAGCUAUGGGAAUUUGUAAAAUUACAAAAACGAAAACCAAAAACAGAAAAAGUAUUUUGCAAAAACAAUAAAAUGCUCAUUCUAUGUAUAGUACUAAAGGAAUUCUAAACUUAAGCUAAGCCACGACAUCAUUCAUUCAAAGUGGUAUUAAAAAUGAAUUGUACAAUAUUUAUAUUAUAAAUUAAAAUUUAAUGUAGAAUCAAGAUGGAAGGGUAUAGGAAUUUUGAAGUUUUACUUAAUGCGCCCAAAGCAAAGCUUUCUUAAAGCGAAAAUAUGUUUGUCCAUUCUGUUUAGAAUUUGACAUAUCUAAAGUUCAUAUUCCAGUAUUUUUUAAAUACUGUACUCCUUGCUUAAAUUCUAUUUUAUUUUGGUUUUUUUCAGAAGGAAAUUUCAAAUAUUUUAAUUCAAUUCCUACCUUAAACAAAAAGUAUUUCAUCUUUCAAUCCAUGACAAACUUUCAGCCUUUUCCCAAACUGCAUCAAUAAUUUCCCAUUAAAUAAAUGAAAGAAAAAUUCGGCGACUACUCAAGUCAUUCACUCCCUCAGACCACCCAUCGAUGGCUGCGAUGGCCGUGUUGCCAAGCGACAUUUAAACGCCUUGAAAAUGUCGUUCGUUUUAACAGUUUUCCUGCUGUCAGUGGAUAUGGUAAAAAAUUUGCAAUAAUAAUUUGCAAUACCUUGAUUCCGUUUCCUGGCUUUCGGAAACCGCCUCGUCAGCGCCGUCAUCGGCUUUUGUGCACUUCCAUCACUUUUUAAUAAAUGCGCAUGCUAAUUAUAUUAUUACUCAUACGACCCGUUGCCAUGUGUCCUUUCGCGUGUCUGUUUCGUUGGCGCUGCCGGGCCGUGCGAAAUACUUGCCAUUAAUUUCAGCAUAAAAUUGCGUGGCCUGCGGUCCCCUGGCCCCACACAAUGACACACAGUUAACAUGUCCAAUUUAUUGGCCAUAACUCAUGCCCCGGCAACAGGGAACACGGAGUGAGUGAGAAGGAUCCAUGGCUCCAUGGAUCCAGGGCCAAUCCAGAGACAGACAACACUACGCUAUCGACGGGCCAAAGAAAAAUGACAUUAAGGCCAGAAGAUAUAUGGCCCAUUUGCAUAUGGGCUCAUGUAUAUGUAUAUACAUAUACGAGAAAAAGUUGCAGGUUAAAGGCCUGCCAAUUUACUGUAUUUAUGCCCCGGCAACGUUGCAUGGCAUUUUAAUAAUUCAACUUGUGUUGCAUAAAGUUUGCAUUGACAUAAACAUAAUGAACGAUGGAAAACCGCAUGCAAAAUUGCCUUUCUCCUUGCCCUUUCGUUUAUUAACAUUGUUAAUGUCAAAAGAAGAAAAGCACAUUCAGAGCGUUGAAAAUAUUGAUAAUCAACAUUGAGUCCUGGAUGUGUCGCCGUUACCCGACAAUAACAAAAUUAAUGCAUUUUAUUUAAUUUCCCAUCCCCCGUUGUUCUGCUGGACGGGCAGCUGGAGAAAGAAGGUCGCCGAGUGCUGUUAACUCGAACAAUGCAGCUAAUUAAGCAUUAUGAAUGCAGCUGAAAAGACGAGAGGCCAAGGCUGGAAGGCCAAUCUUUAGGGAGUCGUAGGUUUUCCUGUCCUUUCCCAUAUUUAUCACUUUUUGAUGCAUUUAUUAUUUAUUUAAAUUGCCAGGAAUAUAAUGAACUAAUUUUCAGUGUUCAUUUGGGGGCUUCAAUAAAUUGCUUGUCAAAUGUUUACAAUAUGCAACCACAUUUUUUAUUUUUAAUUAGUAAAUUGCGCUAAUUAAAAUUUCAGUUAUAAUUGUAAAUAAAACCUUUUAAUUGAGGUCACGCCAUUUUUGAUGUAACUAAAUGUAAAUGUAAAUAAAAUGUUGACCCUAUUAGUUGCGUGUAAAUAUGAGAACCUAUAAUUAAACCAUCAAACAUUUCACUUUAUAAAAGAACAAUUGAAUCAGCCAGAAAAUAAUAACGAAUAUAUUAGUGAAAAACUCUGGCAAAUAUUAAGCAAAAACCGAAAGGGAAUUGUGCAAAGGCUAGGACAGACAUAAUUAACUCAAACAUGGCAAGUAAAACAAUAAAUUAAAAAAUAUAUGUAUGAAAACUAUAUAGCCUAUACAAAGUAAUUGUAUUGUUCGUUGCCUGUACUUCGAAAAUUAGCUGAACAUCAAACGUAAAAUGUUUAAGCUUUUUGUGCGAAUAAAAAAAGAUAAGAACGGAUGUGUUUUCCUAUAAAAAAGUUGGCAUUUUGUAAAAUAAAUAAAAGGAAUAUAUUGAAAAUGAAGUUAUAAAAGUGUUUACUGUAUAAUUAAUAUAUUUUUCAGAAAUUACUUUAAAUAGUUUCUUUAUUUUAUCAUUACAACGAAAAAUGUUUAUUGUUAGUAAAUUAAAAUUAAAUUUUGUUUCCCUAAAAUUGGCGGACCAGUUCUUUAUUAAUAUUUUAUGUACAUUUUGUUAUUUUUUCCUAAUCAAAUCUAAACUGAUCGGAGUUAUUAAUGCUAAACUAUUGUAAAAUAAACAAUCUCCAAAGCGAAACCCGAAAUUAAGUUAAAUUAUACAAGUUUAAGAUUAAGAUUGAUAAAACUAAAUUUUAAGCAGUUAUAUAAUUAUGCGAUAAUAAUUAAACAAUAAAACUUUAGGUUGAUUGAUACCAAAAGAACAAAAAAUAAAAGUGGCGAAUCG